AAGUAAUCUCGGGAACUGCAACGCGACCGGCGUGGUCCUGACGGGCGAGUCGGGAACCCUCGCCUACCCUGUCCCGGACAACACUACCUACCCUGACAACACGUUCUGCGUGUGGACGGUGCAGGUGCCGGCAGGCAAGUCGAUCGUGCUCACGUUCACGCGGUUUGACCUGGAGCCGCACGUCAGCUGCGAGCUCGACCACCUGGCCGUGUACACGGACAUCGACGUCUACUCGGGCCGCUUCUGUGGCACGUCGCUGCCAGUGCCCAUCGUGAUCCACUCCAACCAGACGACCCUCAAGUUCGUCUCGGACAAGAGCACGGGCGGGAGAGGCUUCGCUCUGCACUUCGCAGCCGUCGACCCGAGUUCCCUGCCGUUCUCCGGCUGCGGCAGCCUCGCCGUGCUGCGGCGCGAGGGGGAGCUGCAGUCCCUGAACUACCCCCGCGGCGGACGCCCGGGGGGGGUCACCUGCCGCUGGCUGCUCCACGCCCCUCGUGGGAAGCGCCUCCAGCUUCGCUUCACGGACUUUGAGCUGGGCUCGAGCCCGAACUGCACGUACGACUACGUCGCUGUCUACGGCGACGUGGAACGCACGCUUCAACUCGCCAAACUGUGUGGGGCGGGGCUCCCGCCGCCCGUGUUGAGCCCCGGGGAGACGAUGAGCGUGGUGUUCGCGUCCGACCACGAGAGCUCCCUCCGAGGCUUCAAGGCCACAUUCUUGUUCCUCGCGCCAGAAGAGGCAUCUGCUGCUGCAUCGGCUGAAGCGAGCGUGGACUCUGCGUCGCCGACACCGCCCUUGCCUACGCUCCGCCCUGUGCCUCUCGAGUCGUGCGGCGUGGCCCCCGUGUCGCCGCACGCGUCGGCGCGCGUGCUUGGCGGCGAGGAGGUGCGGCCCCACUCGUGGCCGUGGACGGCGAGCCUGCGCCUGCUGGGCGACCACGCGUGCGGCGCCGUGCUCGUCCACCCACAGUGGCUGCUCACGGCCGCCCACUGCUUCCGAAACGUGCGUUACCCCCUGUACUGGGAGGCGCUGCUGGGAGAUCACGACCGGACCCAGCAGGAGCCUACGGAGCAGACGCGCAGGGUGUCUCUCGUCCUGUGCCACGAGCGCUACAACGAAACCACGGCGGACUACGACGUGGCGCUGGUGCGACUGGCGUCGCCGGCGCAGCUGGGCGACGCGGUGCGGCUCGCGUGCCUUCCGGAGGCGGCGCGGGACGUGGCGCCGUCGUCCGUGUGCGUCGUCACGGGCUGGGGCGCGCUCGUCCAAGACGGGGAGCCGGCCGAGCGGCUCCAGCAGCUGCAGGUCCCCGUGCUGGACUCGGCGCUGUGCGAGCGGGAACACUACCCGCGCCAUCCCGGUGGCAUCUCCGCCCGCAUGCUGUGCGCGGGGUUCCCGUCCACCAGCAACAAGGACACGUGCCAGGGCGACUCUGGCGGGCCGCUGGUCUGCUCCCUGACCAACGGCUCCAUGGCCGUGUUCGGGCUGACGAGCUGGGGCGAGGAAUGCGGCAAGCAAGGCCGUCCCGGCGUGUACACGCGCGUCGCCAGCCUCCUGCCCUGGAUACAGGCGGUGCUGAGCCCUCCUCCCAUGGCUCCUGCCCCAGCUCUCGUCCGCAAGUAUAAAGCCGGUCGACCCCACAAAAUGGCGUGGGACUGCUCGGGCGUUGCGCAGGUGGCGGUGGCGCCGUCGACGGAGGGGCAGCUGUCAUCGCCCGGCUACCCGGACUCGUACCCGGGCGGCCGCAACUGCAGCUGGCUCCUGCGUGCGGGACCAGACACUAACCCGGAGGUUGGCACGGCGUCGCCGUCGCCGCCGCACUCUGUGGCGCCACCAAUAGUGGCACGCGGCACCGUCCUGCAGCUGGUGCUGGAAGACCUGUCCCUGUACAACUCGACGGGCUGUGCGCAGGAGGCGCUGGAGUUGUACGAUGGGAACUCGCUCGCCGAUCCGCUCCUGGGCCGGUUCUGUGGGCUCCUGCCGCGCCCGCUGCUGCUGCGCAGCUCUGGACCGCGAGUUCUUCUUCACUUCCGCUCCGGGCCACUGCCUCUGUCGUCCAACCGUGGCUUUGCAAUCAAAUACUUGGCGGUGCAAAUGCCAGGACCUCCAGUGCAGCUGGACGGGAUGGUGCCGCCAUCCCCGACCUCCAACUCCACUCUGGUCGUCUCGGCAUCGCAUGGCCCAGCGGCCCCCACGGCCUCCGUGGCCCCCACGUCCCCCCCCGUCUCCCCUAUUCCGCCACGACGACCUCCUCCACUCUACCACCGUCCCUCCGAGGUAGCGGCCAGCCCCCAGUGCGGAGACCUGGUGCCUGAGCAACCUGCGGGGACGAUCUCGUCUCCCGCCUUCCCGUGGCCCUACCCGCCGCACGUGCGAUGCUCGUGGCGAGUGGUGGCCCCCAACUCUGCGCUAAUCCGCCUGGACUUCGCGAGCUUCUUGACGCGCGUGAGCUCCGCCGGCGACUGCACGGACUCGCUCUCCGUCUACGAACUCAACGCCACCGCGGACACGCGCUCCCUCGUAGCGCACCUGUGCGGUCGGACGCUGCCCCCACCACUGAAGACGGGUCACGACAUCGCGUUGGAGUUUGUGGCGGGAGGCCCGGGGAAGCCAGGGGAGCUGAGAGGUUUUGCUGAUAACCUGGGAUUCAACUUGACCUACGCAUUUCAAGAGCCAAUUGCAGAAUUACCCAGUGUGCCAAGUGGCAGCCCAUCUGCUCCUGGAGAAACGGGCUGCCUGGCGCUCGAGGUGGUGCGCGCGGGCGCCGCGGGGGGCUUUGUGUCGUCGCCCGCGUACCCGCAAGCGUACGGCGCGGGCCUACAGUGCACGUGGACGCUCUACUCGGUGUCGGGCGCUCCGCUGCGUGUGCACGUCCUCGACGUGGACCUGGAGACGAGCCCCGGGUGCGCGUGGGACGCGCUGAGCCUGCACGACGGGCCCGACGUUAGGGCGCCCCUCCUCGGUUUGUUCUGCUCGCAGAGCCCCCCCACGUCCGUCGUCUCCUCGGGGCCGCUCCUCACCGUCACCUUCCACUCGGACUCGGCACUUGGGGGCCGAGGCUUCCACUUGCGCUUCGAGGCGGGCGACGCGCUCGAGGCCCUUCCCAGCUUCCCGCCCGGCACUAGCCCCGUGCUGCCGGCCCCCGUCCUCGGCAGGGCAGCUGCGGGCGGUGGACGACGCCUCCUCGGUGCCACCGCAUCGUGCGGGGCGCCUGUGAUCCGCGGCCUGCCCGGGACUGCGGCGGCCGGCAGCGCUCGCGUCCUCGUGGACCCCCUGCUGGGGCUGUCGCGCGUCGUCGGGGGAAUGGAGGCGGCGCAGCGCGCGUGGCCCUGGCAGGGCAGCGUGCAGUACGGGCAAGGGGGUCACUACUGCGGCGCCACCCUCAUCCACCCCCACUGGGCCAUCACGGCAGCGCACUGCGAUGUCAGCGCUGCCUCCGACACGCUGGUCCUGGGCCUAAACGACCUGCGGGAGCGCGGAGGGGACGGGCAGCGGCUGCAGGUGGCGCGUGUCGUCACCCACCCGGGUUACGGGGGGAUGCCGCCCCAAAACGAUCUGGCGCUGCUGCAGCUUGCAACACCCGCUCACAUCGGUCCCAGUGUGAUGGCUGUGUGCCUGCCCAAGGCCAGAGAGGUGUUCGAGGAGGGGAAGAUGUGUGUGACGACGGGAUGGGGGUCCACAGACCCAUUCGACGAGGUGUACCCUGACCAGCUGCAGCAGGCCACGCUGCCCCUCAUCGGCAACGAAAAGUGCAGGAAGCGCUGGGGGCUCGAGGCGGUGGUGACGGCCGAGAACGUGUGCGCGGGCGCGGCGGGGGCGUCCUCGUGCUUGGGCGACUCGGGCGGCCCGCUAGUGUGCCACCGCGGCGGGUUGCACGUGCUGGUGGGCGUCGUGAGCUGGGGCAGCGAGACGUGCCAGCCCAACGUGCCGUCCGUCUACACCAACAUCGCCAGCCACACCGCGUGGAUCGCUGAGAUGACGGGAGGCGUCGUGUGAGCGGGGCUUCCGUGGUUUAUCCCACCACCUCCCACACCCCCCUGCUUGUAGUCUGUUAGGAUGUUCACCCAACAGAGCUUCGCUUCUGGUUCGGAAGCACCUGUGGAAUGACGGACAGCAGCAAGCUCGACAGCAACCCAAGCAAUUUGAACUUCUAGCAACCCUUGCCCCUUGCAGCUUGGCCUAUCGCAUUAUGGCAACAGUUUACAUCUUUGCGACAUUUUAUCAACUCUUACAGAUAUCCCAUCACAUUGCAGCGGGCAUUGUGAAGCAGUUUUGCAUAUUUGCAGGCACCUUCUCAUUGCGUUUAUUUGUAAUUGUAUUUUUUUGUAAAGUGGGGGGGGGGGGGGGAGAUCUGUCUGUUUCCACUAAGGUGGCGUUCUCUGCGUUUUAUCAGUGUUGUAUUCUCACAGCUGCUAUGCGGUUGAACUUAAUUUGGCACGUGUGGUUUGAUAAUAAAUAGUGUGGCUUGUUUUUCAAGAAACUUGCAUACUUGGUACUCGACUAAAAUCAAUUGCUCUGUGCUCUUUUUGCGAUUUUCUUUCGCUUCUGUUCAGUAAUUACCAUCGGGCAGGUAUUGCGCGGUCAUUUUCAAGCCGCACCAGUGUCCGGGGCCUGUUAAUCUGUCGGGUAAGAGGGGGGCUCAAACGGGGGACACUAUUUUAUGACUUGUGUUGAGCACAGGUCCAGCAGCCCGAUGACUGCAGCAUGCACCUUUGUGAUUUCUGGCUCUGUCAACCGAAUAUGAAAAUAAAUGAUCAUUUAUUUAUUAACCCUCCUUCAAACAGGGUCGGGGCAAGCAGCAGCUCGAGCAAGCUAGCUGCUUGCUAUUUCUUGUGGGGGCCCCUGUGGUUUAGAGCAGAGAACGUGGGGGUCAUGUGUCCUGGCUUUAAGGGGCCUUGUUUGCCCCCCCCCCCCCUCUGCUGUCUCUGCCUUACAGCAGUGGUGGUGUUUUAAUGACAACGGCAGUUGAUGUACGAUUGUGGUUUUGGCAUGGGGGAAUUUCAAAGUUACCUUUUGCCUAGGUUUGUGACCCAAUUAUAUUUGAUCUCGCUGGGGUGCUCCCCUUAGUGUCCUCUAAAUGGGACGGGAGUGGGAUACACGAUUUUGAGAAGCUACUUAACCCUCGUGCAAUAAAAAAUAUAUAUUUUGGUGUCUGUUGUACAAUAUGUGCUUGUGGUUGUUAUGCCUUCAUUGGCCACAUUGUAUUUGCGAGUUGGUGGAAGUGGCACAGGGCCUGUUUUGGGCACCAGGCCAGCACUUUGAGGAUGUGGAGAUCAAGAUUUGUGGCUGCUGAUGACUCAUAUGGGCACUGAUCUGCAACUUGCAAAUGCGUGGUUCUUACCAUCGGAUAACAGCUGCUAUUGACGAAAAUGCGAUGGGUUAUGGUUGAAUGCACCAACAUUAGCCGUACCCGGGUCCU